GGGAUGAGUCCGGGCGGUCGGGGAAGGGGCGGCCCCGGAGGGGCGGUGCCGAAUCGAGCGCUCGGCGCUCUCGGGAGGCACCGCAGCGGCCGCGCCGGGAGCCAGCGCGGCCAUGGCCGGCUUCAUCAACUUCGCGGACGAGGAGGAGGUGCGGGCGUACCUGGAGAACCUGCACGUGGAGUACAGCUACCAGUGCUUCAAGGAGAAGGACCCGGAAGGCUGCCAGCGCUUCGCCGAUUACCUGGACGCCGUGAGGAAGGACUUCGUGGCGGCGGCGCGGGUGCUGCGCGACAACUGCGAGGUGCACGGGCACAGCGAGAGCUGCUACAAACUGGGGGCCUACCAGGCUCUCGGCAAAGGUGGACUCAACCCAGAUUUGAAAGCUGCCUACAAAUCGUUCAUCAAGUCAUGUGAGAAAGGUGGGAAGAAGUCAGCAAAUGCAUGUCACAGCGCUGGGCUGCUGGCCCAGGACGGCAGAGCCAACAAUGAUCAGCGUGACCCUGUUGCUGCUAGAGACUAUUACACAAAAGCCUGUGAUAGCAAUUUUGCUCCCAGCUGCUUCAACCUGAGUGUGAUAUACCUGCAGGGAGCACCUGGGGUCCCCAAGGACAUGAGCAGUGCCUUGAAGUACUCGCUGAAAGGCUGCGAGCUGGGGCACGUGUGGGCUUGUGCCAACGCCAGCCGCAUGUACAAACUGGGAGAUGGCGUUGAGAAGAACGAUGCCAAGGCAGAGGAUCUGAAAAACAGGGCAAAACAAUUGCAUAAAGAACAGAAAGAGGCUGAAAGUUCUCUAACAUUUGGGGAGUAAAACGGGCAGUUGCAGAUAUUAAGACUGGUUUGUAAAUGGCAAGUGAAUUUGUUAUUUAAAUUGUGAGCACACAGUUUUCAUUUAAGUAAAUAUCCUGUAUUUGGAUAUGCAAAUAAAAUUAUAUUUAUAUGGAUAAACAAA